GCACUGUCACGAGACCGCGUAUGAUCGUUAGUCAUGGGGGACGCGGCGUUACUGCUCCUGCUUCUUCUUCAUCUGUAACCGGAUUAAUUUUAGCAUCUUUAAACAAAAAAACAGGAAAAAAUAAAGUUUGUUUUUAUAGCAGAAGCUGCAGGAGAAGACAUGGCGAACAACAUCGCAAAGAAGGUGUCGUGGUCUGGGGAAGGGACUCCCCUACUGAACGGGGCUGAGGAGAGAGGGUACAGCGGGCAGGCAUCUGGAGGCAGUAUGUUUCACAUAGGCAGGAUGAGCACCGUGGAUCUGGGGGAGGAGACCAUAAACACAGAAGAGGACCUUGUGAAGCUUCGCCCGAGUGAGAUUCCACACAACGAGAAGCUGCUCUCGCUCAAAUAUGAGAGUCUGGAUUAUGACAACAGCGAGAAUCAGUUGUUUCUGGAGGAGGAACGGCGCAUGAGUCCCAUGAGCUUUAGAUGUCUGGAAAUCAGUCGCUGGUUCAUCUGUGGCCUCAUCGGCCUCCUGACAGGACUCAUUGCUUGCUUCAUCGACGUCGUGGUGGAGUACCUGGCUGAAAAAUACGAAGCGGUCAAACAUUACAUUGACAAAUUUACAGAGGACGGAGGACUGUCAGUGUCUCUGCUCCUGUGGGCCAUCCUGAACUCCGCCUUCGUCAUGGUCGGAGCCAUUCUAGUCGCUUUCUUCGAGCCCAUUGCUGCAGGAAGCGGGAUUCCUCAAAUCAAGUGUUACCUAAACGGAGUGAAGAUCCCGCGAGUGGUCCGGCUAAAGACUCUGCUGGUGAAAGUGUGCGGUGUGAUCUGCUCAGUUGCUGGUGGUCUUGCUGUGGGGAAGGAAGGCCCCAUGAUUCACUCAGGAGCUGUGGUGGCGGCCGGGGUGUCUCAGGGCAGGAGCACAUCUCUCAAAAAAGACUUCAAGAUCUUCGAGUAUUUCCGCAGGGACACGGAAAAAAGGGAUUUCGUCUCUGCCGGAGCUGCUGCCGGAGUUUCUGCUGCCUUCGGAGCUCCUGUUGGUGGAGUUCUGUUCAGUUUAGAAGAAGGGGCAUCUUUCUGGAAUCAGAUGCUCACCUGGAGGAUUUUCUUUGCAUCAAUGAUCUCCACCUUCACCUUGAACUUCUUUAUGACAAUCUACAAAGGGAAACCAGGCGAGUUUUCCAACCCUGGUCUCAUCAAUUUUGGCAGGUUUGACUCUGAAAAUGUGGAGUAUAAUCUCUAUGAGAUUCCUCUAUUCAUAGUCAUGGGAGCCAUCGGUGGUUUGCUGGGAGCGCUGUUCAACGUCCUCAAUUACUGGCUGACAAUUUUCCGAAUCAGGUACCUGCACCGGCGCUGCCUGCAGGUGAUGGAAGCCAUGCUGGUGGCCGCGGUUUCGGCCGCCGUGUCCUUCGCCAUGAUUUAUUUCUCCAGCGACUGCCAGCCUUUUAAGAAGGAUUCACAGGAGGAAUAUCCUCUACAGCUGUUUUGUGCUGAUGGAGAAUAUAAUGCGAUGGCAACGGCGUUCUUUAACACUCCUGAGAAGAGUGUGACGAGUCUGUUUCAUAGUCCACCAGGAACUUAUAACCCACCGACUCUUGCGCUCUUCACUCUGGCCUAUUUCCUCCUGGCGUUCUGGACUUAUGGCCUGACCGUAUCAGCGGGAGUCUUCAUCCCCUCGCUGCUCAUCGGGGCGGCGUGGGGGCGACUCUUCGGGAUCUUGCUCUCCUUAUUAUUUCCCAGCAAAAACACUAUUUGGGCUGACCCAGGGAAGUAUGCCCUGAUGGGAGCUGCAGCUCAACUGGGAGGCAUCGUCCGAAUGACCCUGAGCCUCACGGUCAUCUUGGUGGAAGCUACGGGGAACGUGACCUACGGCCUGCCCAUCAUGCUGGUCCUGAUGACCGCCAAGAUCGUCGGAGAUUACUUCAUAGAAGGUCUUUACGACGUACACAUCAGGCUCCAGAGUGUUCCUUUCCUCCACUCGGAAGCCCCUGCUACGUCUCACUGGCUGACUGCCAGAGAAGUCAUGAGUUCUCCCGUCACGAGCUUUAACAAAAUCGAGAAGGUGGGCACCAUAGUGGACGUCCUCAGCGCCACGUCCACCAACCACAACGGUUUCCCGGUAGUUGUAAAUUCUGGCACCGAUAACGAGUCUGGAAGACUCUGUGGCCUCAUCCUCCGCUCUCAGCUCAUCGUCCUUCUCAAACACAAGGUGUUUGUGGAGAGAAUGCGUUCUCAACAGAACAGGCGCAGACUACAGCUGAAGGACUUCAGGGACGCGUAUCCCCGAUUCCCCCCCAUUCAGUCCAUCCACGUCUCCCAGGAUGAGCGAGAGUGCCUGAUGGACCUGCAGGAGUUUAUGAACCCCACCCCCUACACCGUACCCGAGGAAACAUCCCUCCCUCGUGUGUUUAAGUUAUUCCGAGCACUGGGGCUCAGGCACCUGAUGGUGGUGGAUGAUGUGAACAGGGUGAUUGGUCUGGUGACCAGGAAAGAUCUGGCGCGUUACCACAUGGGCAAGCACGGCCUAGAGGAGAUGGACCUGGCUCAUGCUUGAUCUUCAUUAUUUUCUCGAUCAUUGUCGAUCGAAAAGCAGUUUCAUCCCGUCAAAUGGGUCUCAACUGCCAGAGUGCAAAAACUCCAAACUCUGAUUCAGAUCCGGAACAAUCUCCAAUGUGACCAGCCGGGAAACAUUACAAGUUUCUCUGUGAUGAAGCAGAUCGGCCCUUUAUCGCAUCUUCUCGGUCUAUUUUCAUCUUUCACAUUUAUUAAACGCUCCGACUAAGAGCUCAGGUUGAAUGGUGAAAUAUAUUUGCCUGUCCGUUUACCGCAAAAGCACAUACGUUUGGUUUUCGUUUGGUCCUGUCUUUUAUUUAUUGAAUAUUUCCAGGAGUUGUUGCUGAAAUCUUGUAGGCCACAUCCCAAACUGCACGCUACUGUAAUGCACAGGAUGUUUAGUUGUGUUUGUUUUAUAUAUAAAGAGAGAGAGAGCGAGAGAGAUAUAGAUAGAUAUAUAUAUUUAUAUUUAGACAUGACUAUGGCAGUGUGUUGUUUACUAGAUGUAGCCAUUUUGUUUGUUUGUCUUUCCUUGAUUUCACUGUGCCUUCCAGAGUGACUCUGGAUCUUCGUUAAAGGUCUGGAUUUAGCUGGCUCUCAAAGGGCUUUUUUUUUUUUUUUUGAAGCUCUAGAAUAAAUUUUCAAAUCAUUUUGCGCGACGUAUGAAUGUAGUCGAGAUCUACUGUAUUCUAAAUCCUUUCUGUUCAUCAGCGUCUUUCGUCACGUUAAAAUAAUCGGCACAAAGCGAAAUAAUUAAUUCCACUCGUUCUUAAGUUAUUUUGUACACCAAAUUUACAGACUAAUCGUUGUGGCUUGAUUUUAAUAUUCCGGGUGGGUUUAUUUUGCACUAACGUGAAGAAAAUGAACGCGAGCGAUUGUACCCCGACGAGGUUCUUCCAAAGUUUCAUGAAGGCGAUCUUGAAAAUGAACAGAUGUGUUUCAGACUGUUGAAUUCUAGCCUUAUCCUUUAAAUUGAGCUUUUUAUUCCGAUCAUUUCCACUUGCGAGCAGUCAUCCUUUGUAUAACGAACCGAAGGACAAUUAACACAUUUCUCAUCGUGCGCACAUCUUAUGUUUUAAUCCUGAUAGCAUUUCCUCGGUUUCAUGACAAGUUUUUACUUUGUUGAAAUAUUUGUGGACUAAUAAAUGUUGUAAAUCA